UCAGAUUGUGUUUUCCCAACAAGGACAGAAUUUCCCUUCUGGAGGAACGCAGCACCAAUCCUUCUGUUGGAGGCGCCACGUCGCUCGGGAGGCUCAGGAAUCCUCUUCUUACACACCUGUACAGGUGACCAGAACAAAUGUGCAUCCUGUGGCUCCCCCUGCUGGUGGCGUUGGGGUUGAUUCUCCUGUACAGGUGGUACCGGCAGAGCCAGAUACUGGAGAAUCUCACCGACAAAUAUGUCUUCAUCACCGGAUGCGAUUCUGGAUUUGGGAACUUGCUGGCUAAGCAGCUGGACAAUCGUGGGAUGAAGGUCCUGGCUGCUUGUCUGACGGAGACGGGCGCCGAAAAUCUGAAGAAAGAGACCUCCAGCCGACUGAGGACAAGAAUCCUGGAUAUCAGCGACAGCAAAAGUGUCAGCUCUGCUGCCGAAUGGAUAGCAAGCAUUGUUGGAAAUGAAGGGCUUUGGGGAUUGGUGAACAACGCUGGUUUUACCACGACUUUUGCUCCCAACGAGUGGCAAACAAAAGAAGACUUCUCCGAGGUCCUGAAUGUGAAUCUUCUCGGGACGAUCGAUGUCACGGUGCGCUUGCUGCCUCUUGUCAGAAAAGCCCGGGGACGCAUUGUCGUUGUAUCCAGUGUCUGUGGGAGAUUGGCUUAUGUGGGUGGGGGAUACUGUCCUUCAAAGUUUGGCCUGGAGGCUUUCUCGGACAGCCUAAGGAGGGAGAUGCGUGAUUUUGGUGUAAAGGUUUCUAUCAUUGAGCCGGGAGCGUUCAAGACCCCUGCGUGCAUGAUGGUGGAUAAUUAUAUUAAUAACAUAAACCGAAUGUGGGAAAAACUUCCAGCGCAUAUUAAGGAGAGCUAUGGAGAGGACUACCUCAAGCAAUGUAUCGAGGCUCUGGAAGCAUUACCAGUAGUAUCCAGUCCAAAGACGUACAAAGUCCCAGAUUGUAUGGAGCACGCCCUGACGGCUGUCCACCCCUGGACCCGGUACUCACCCGGCUGGGACUCCAAGCUGUACUACCUCCCUCUAUCCUACCUCCCUACUGCCAUCUCCGACUAUUGGUUGGGUCAGCUUGCUCCCAAACCUGCCUCUAGGACAUUGGUUGAUGAAAAAAAAUAAAGGUCACUGAUUGGUGCCAUGUAGAGUUGAUCAAUCUUAAUGGCUAGUGGGUCACCAAAACCAAAUGUGUUAUCCAAUCAACAUGCUUAUCUUUCCUGUCUAAUCAAGUAUUAUUAUACAGUAUUUACACUGAUACAAUGUAUUUACUACUAGAGGGACAGUCGGGGUGUCCCUGUCUAUUUACCCUGUCAAGUGUUCAAUAAAGCUUUGUGAAAUACUCA